AAUAAACCUCUUUCUAAGUUGUUGGGUCAAGUUCCAUGCAAUGUAUGCCAAAUGUGACACAGUUUUGUUUCUUAGUAUUUUCAAAUUUGAAAAGCAAAAACAUUCUUCUGUUACUUUUUAAAAGCUAAGAGAGGGAAUUAUACAAAACAUGUUUCUGACUUAAAAGGAGAGCCCACACAACCUAGCCGUUGUAGCCUCCAACGGCCAAAUCUCCACCCAUUUAAAUUCAAAACACUCCAUAUCCUUCAGGGCAGUUCAACAUCAAUUUCAGAAGUUCCCAAUCCAAAUGGGUUCCUCUAAGUUCAGAACCCCUUGUUCUUUCCUGAAUCUUCUUCUCUCUUGUUUGAAUUUUAUUCUCUUUAUCCUCUCUUCAGCCUCUCUUGCACCCACCAUCCUCCUCCGAAUGCCCCCAACUUCACUGGGCUGGGCGUUUCUCAUGAUCUCAUGCAUCUCACUCUUCUCCUCCUUUGUUGGUUUUUACUCUCAGCUCACACACUUCUGCUUCAUAACCCAUGUUUCACUUCUGCUCUCCUCUUCCAUGGGCCAACUGCUGGGCAUUUUGGCCUUGUUUACCAGAGAGAAUUCGAGCCUCUCCAUGCUGAAAUCGCCUCGGGACAUGAAGGAGGCUAAGCUUUUAGUGAGGUUGGAAUGUGGGAUUUUAAUGGCAAUGUUUGUAAUGCAAGUGGGGGUGUUGACAUUGACUUGUAUUAUCCACAGCUGUUGGGUAAGAGAGUAUGAGGGGUUGGAGGCCGAGAGAGAGGCAGCGGCGAGGAAGAGGAGUAGGAGGAUUGCGCGUGUGCAGGAGGAGUCCAUGGCAAAUGCAGCAAAAAUUGCAGAGGUAAAAGCCAAGGAGUUUGAUGAGAAGAUGAAAAACAAGUAUGGGCAGUGGGUGAAAACUGAUUUUGAAGGCUGAGGCUAUAGCGACUUAGAUUUGUUUGAGAGUGUGUUCUUCUUUUCUUUCUUUUUCAUUGUUUAUUGCUGUUUGAACUUCUUGGGGUCACUAUGGGGGUGGCCAUUGGCUGUGCAAUGUAGAGAAACAUAGUGUUUUUGGAGAGCAGAGUAAUCUUCCUUCCUUAAUCUGUUCUAUGUUAAAUAAGAUUUAACAAUUCUCUGUUUCUUCUUA